UGAAGGCCCUGGGGACAGAAGGCCUCUUUCUCUUUUCCUCCUUGGACACUGACCGGGAUAUGUACAUCAGCCCUGAGGAGUUCAAACCUAUUGCUGAGAAGCUGACAGGGUCAACUCCUGCGGCCAGCUAUGAGGAAGAGCUACCCCCCGACCCCAGCGAGGAGACGCUCACCAUAGAAGCCAGAUUCCAGCCUCUGCUCCCAGAGACCAUGACCAAGAGCAAAGACGGGUUCCUAGGAGUCUCCCGCCUUACCUUGUCUGGCCUCCGCAACUGGACAGCUGCAGCCUCCCCACGUGCAGUGUUUGCCGCCCGCCACUUCCAGCCCUUCCUUCCUCCUCAAGGCCAGGAGCUGGGCGAGCCCUGGUGGAUCAUCCCUAGUGAGCUGAGCGUCUUCACCGGCUAUUUGUCCAACAACCGCUUCUACCCACCGCCACCCAAGGGCAAGGAGGUCAUCAUCCACCGGCUCCUGAGCAUGUUCCACCCUCGGCCUUUCGUAAAGACCCGCUUUGCCCCUCAGGGGGCUGUGGCCUGCCUGACCGCCAUCAGCGACUUCUACUACACGGUGAUGUUCCGGAUCCACGCCGAGUUCCAGCUCAGCGAGCCCCCCGACUUCCCCUUUUGGUUCUGCCCUGGCCAGUUCACCGGCCACAUCAUCCUCUCCAAAGACGCCACCCACAUCCGCGACUUCCGGCUCUUUGUCCCCAACCACAGGUCUCUGAACGUGGACAUGGAGUGGCUGUAUGGGGCCAGUGAGAGCAGCAACAUGGAGGUGGACAUCGGCUACAUACCCCAGAUGGAGCUGGAAGCCACGGGCCCCUCAGUGCCCUCCGUGAUCCUGGACGAGGACGGCAACAUGAUCGACAGCCGCCUGCCUUCGGGGGAGCCCCUCCAGUUUGUGUUCGAGGAGAUCAAGUGGCAGCAGGAGCUGAGCUGGGAGGAGGCGGCUCGGCACCUGGAGGUAGCCAUGUACCCCUUCAAGAAGGUCACCUACCUACCAUUCACUGAGGCCUUCGAGCGAGCCAAGGCUGAGAACAAGCUGGUGCACUCGAUCCUGCUGUGGGGGGCCCUGGACGACCAGUCCUGCUGAGGUUCAGGGCGAACUCUCCGGGAGACUGUCCUGGAAAGUUCGCCCAUUCUCACUCUCCUCAACGAGAGCUUCAUCAGCACCUGGUCCCUGGUAAAGGAGCUGGAGGACCUGCAGAACAACCAGGAGAACCUAUCCCACAAGAAGCUGGCUGGCCUGCACCUAGAGAAGUACAGCUUCCCUGUGGAGAUGAUGAUCUGCCUGCCCAAUGGCACCGUGGUCCACCACAUCAAUGCCAACUACUUCCUGGACAUCACCUCCAUGAAGCCCGAGGAUGUCGAGAACAACAUCUUCAGCUUCUCGUCCACGUUUGAAGACCCAUCCACAGCCACCUACAUGCAGUUCCUGAAGGAGGGACUCCGGCGUGGGCUGCCCCUCCUCCAGCCCUAGUGUGCCCAGGCCUCUCACGCCCCAGAGCCGGAGAGGUCCUCGGCCCAUCUCAGACUGCAGACUUCAGACACUCCCCACCCCACCCCACUCCAGCCUGCCUUGCAGGGUCCAAGGUCAACUGAAGAUGGCCACCCUAGCUUUGCCUCAGUGAUGGUGGGUAGACGAGGGGGUGCCUUGGGCUGCCUGGGUGGAUGAACCUCUAGCUCCAUCUGCCACCAUCAGCCCUUCCCUGCCCACCUGGCUCCAGAAGCUGCUUGGGACCCCCCAGAACAGGGCCUAGGGUGAUCUGCCUGGACCUCAACCCACCCAGUCACACAGUCCAGGCCCUUGUGGGGUAAAGAAUAGGGAGAAGAGGGCCAGGAAGACGAGGCCACCCCCCUCCUUGCUUUCACCCCCUUCCUGAAGGAAACAUUAAGGAGUCCCCACCCUGGGGGCCAGGCUGCCAAGGCAGCACUCCUGUCCAUCUGGAGCCUUCUUUCUGGCCAUACCCCAGGCUGCCCUCCUGUACCUGUUGUCCCCAGCUGGACAGUCUCAGCUGGAGACAGCCUUCGGGAGCCUCUGGGCAGAACCCUCCUUCAGAAGUGGAAAUCAUACUGUACUCUCUGCUGCCCCCCAAACCCCAGUUCCUCAGACCACUCAACUGACCUAAGGAUAAGUCCCUGGAACCUGUCUCAGGACUUGCUGGGGGCCGGCUGUCUGGGGCUUCUAUCUUUAGCAAGGGGGUCCCUGAGGUCCGGGGCCAAGGCACGUCCACUGCCUAGCCCAGCACAGGGAGCCAGUGACCCUAUAACACCACCUGCCCUUCAGACCUCGACUCCAUAGUAUAGCCUGGCCAAAGAACACAGCCUCCACCAGAGCUGGCACUGUUCUGCCACCCUGGGUACCCCAGACCACCUCAUCCACCACUGGGUGGCCACUGACUCUCCUUGGCCUCUCUAGGGGCUUUGGUCCAUGUCCUGAGCCACUGACUAUGGCCAGUCUCUUUUUUUAUACAUUCAGAAAAGUGUUUUUAUGUGAACUUUCUCAUGGUUUGUAGGUAUUUUUUUAUAACCCCAGUGCUGAGGAGAAAGAAAGAGACAGUGGCUUCCCCCAGCAGCAGCCCCAUGACGGCUGGAUCUGAAAUCCUACAAGGGUCCAGCUUGAUGUCUUUGCAGUUGCACGUAUGGGAAGCAACACUCCUCUCUUCCUUCCCCUCUUCCAGCUUUUUAAGAACCGUCCUCAGAACAUCCAUCCUGUCCCCCACUCGGCCCAUAAGGCGCCCUCAGACUUUCUUUCAUCAAGGCCUAGAAGUAGGCCUGUCCCCACCCCACCCCUGCCCUCAAUUCUCUCCCUUGUGCCCUCGCCUCACCAGGGGUUGCCUCUUCAACCUGGCAGAGGAAGGAGGCAUUUCCUCGCACACACUCCCAGGCCCCAUCGCUGAGCUCUGCCUUCCUCAUGAGCCAGUCUCAUUCCCAGAUGAAGAAACUUGAGUCUCAGGGAAGGGGAGUGACUUGCCUAGGAUCACUGGAGUGGUAGAGUUGGGAUGCAAACCCACAUGUGACUGCAGAGCCUGCGUCUUGAUCUGGGGUGUUUUGUUUAGCACUGCACUCCUGUCUCUCUCCCCUGCCUGUCUUCCCCGAGGUGGAAAUGAAAGCCUUUCAGAGCAGAAUGUCUCAUUCCCCUCUGAACUCCAGACCAGAUGUGGCAUGAGCCAGUGAGCUCAGCCAGGUUCUCUGUGUCUCUCUGGGAGGCAGUGCUUCUGUGCCCCUUACAGGGAGGGAGGGCACCUGAGCCUAUCUCAGUGCUGCCACCAUCUUGUCAGGUGUGGGUAGCCUUGCCCAUCCCCUGGGCCUCCCCACCCCAGAAGUUUCUUCCUUUCUACUGCUCUGAGAGGGCCAAUUCCAUAUCGAGCAAUCCUGGCCCCAGGUAAGGGGCUGAUUGCUUGGGCUUUCUGAAUAUCUGAUGCCUCUGCCUGACCUCCCAGCUGCCCUCUUGUUACCCCUCUGCCACUUCCCUCCCCUGUCCCCAACAUGUCCUAUAAUAAAAUGAGAGAGACUA